GUGUCUAUGCUUAGACCCCGAUAGUUGGGCGCGGCGAGUUGUUUGUAUUUACGCAGGCGCACAUAGCAAAUCCAAGAUCGACUUGAAUCGACUCCUUUUCAAUUACUACGUAAUUACACACAUACAACUUACAUAUGUGUGUGCGUGUGCCAGAGCGUGUAUGUGUGCGCAUCAGCUGUUGAAAAGUUGAAUAAGUGUGUGAGCUGCUCACGGCCUGCAAAUCAAAACGAUUAAUCUUUUAUCAAAAAGUUGUAAAAUGACAGGAUCAGUUCACGAUGCGAAAUGGAACCUCGAGCGGCGAGAAUCAUCCGGCCAUUUGGUGUGGUGUAAGGACUCACCAUCAGCCAAGGUUCGAUUCCGGUUCGACGUGGAGGUUUUGGAGUUUGAAAAGCAUCCGAAUGAGGAUCUGGAUCACAAAGCCGACAACAUGUCAGUCAUAAAUCUAUCAUCGACAUUAGCCCUCUGUGCCACAUGCGUAGCUGUUGUUGCUGCGUCUGUUUUCCUGCCCUGGUACCUCAUGGAAAAGGCCGGCUCACUGUGAAAGCGAUAUAUAUAUUCUAUUUAUAGAUAUAUGUAUGUGUAUACGAAUGUAAAUUGUAUAUCAAUUGAAGGUAUUAAGAUUUAGUUUCUGUAUAUAGACAUGAGUAGGUUUAAUUAUAAUACAAUAUGUAAAUGUAAAUGUAAA